UUUAAUAACAGAAAUUCGAAUCAAGUAUCACUGGAUAGAACAAAAUUUAUCUAUUUAUGCGUUUUACAACCCUUCCUCAAAGCUUCCGUUCUCGGACUUCCUCGACCUAUCGAUAACGCUUUCUCAGGCGGCCGGAUGGCCUCUCUAUCGUCGAGAAGCGAAGAGUCUUCCAGGAACGCAGCAUCCGCAAUCGACGUGGUUGAGUCCCGCAGACGUGAUCGAAUUCUCUCGAGCAAGCUUUACUUCGAUGUGGAUAAUUCCAAGGUUCCACUGAUUUAUUCUUCUUCGUAUGACAUUGCGUUUCUUGGCAUUGAAAAGAUGCAUCCUUUUGAUUCUUCUAAAUGGGGUCGCAUCUGCCACUUUCUAAUUACUGAUCUUGUUCUGAACAAAAAGGAUAUUAUUGAACCUCUGGAGGCUAAGAAGGAAGAUCUUCUAGUGGUUCAUUCAGAAGCAUACCUAAAUAGUUUAAAAAGCAGCUUGAAUGUUGCCACAAUAGUUGAGGUGCCUCCUGUUUCUUUAUUGCCCAACUGUCUGGUGGAUAAGCAUGUUCUUCACCCAUUUCGGAAACAGGUUGGAGGAACUAUUUUGGCUGCCAAGCUUGCAAAAGAGAGAGGAUGGGCUAUCAAUGUGGGUGGUGGGUUUCAUCAUUGUUCUGCAAAAAAAGGGGGUGGAUUCUGUGCUUAUGCCGACAUCUCUCUUUGCAUUCACUUUGCCUUCAUACGUUUGAAUAUUUCAAGGGUGAUGAUAAUAGACCUUGAUGCUCAUCAAGGAAAUGGCCAUGAAAAAGAUUUUUCUGAUGACAGAAGAGUGUACAUUCUCGAUAUGUACAAUCCAAAUAUAUAUCCAUUUGAUUAUGAGGCCAGAAGAUAUAUCAAUCAGGAAGUUGAAGUAGUGAGUGGAACAUCAACAAACGAGUAUUUGUCUAAACUUGACGAAGCACUCACGGUUGCUGCUGGUGCCUUUGACCCUGAACUGAUCAUAUACAAUGCAGGAACUGAUAUUCUUGAUGGUGACCCUCUGGGUAGAUUGCAGAUCAGUCCCAAUGGAAUUUCCACGAGAGAUGAAAAGGUUUUCAUGUUUGCUCGUGAAAGGAAUAUUCCAAUCAUCAUGCUCACUUCAGGUGGUUACAUGAAAUCUAGUGCUAGAGUCAUAGCAGAUUCAAUAGCAAACCUGUCGAGGAAAUCUCUGAUAACCAUCUGAUCUUAAGUGGCCAAAUAUACCAUUCACAUGAAGACUCUUCAGACAUUGUCACCUACAACCGAAGGUAGUGAAGAAGACUACAUUAGAUACCAAGAAUUCGAAGUGCAGCUGAACCACUGCGAAAUCAGGACAAGCAUAAGUUACUCUCUAAAAUGGGAUCUUCCAUGAUAAGUUAUUGUAAUUAUGUCUAUAUCUGCCAGGGUUGUAAAUAAAUUCGAUGGUGUGGGCGAUGGUCUAAUAUUUUUUUGCAGAAAUAACAUAUCACAUCUUGGUCUUGUUAGCCUAGCUAACGACUAGGGAUGUCAAAUGAGUCAAAUGAGGCGGGUUAGCCCGGAUCCGCCCUGGGUCCGGUCUUAACGGGGCAGGUUCGAGUCUAAAAAAAAUAGUUCGGGGCGGGUUAUGGAUUUUGAGUUUUAGAUUCGGCCGGAUUUGGGGCGAAUUAUAGGUUUUACUAUAAAUCCGCCUCACUCCGGAUCCGAAUCCGGAUAUUUUAAUAAUUAUUAUAAUUUAUUUA